AUAGAUGAAGGCAUUUUCAAAGCUGGAGAAGAGAGAUCUGAAACACGGGGGGCAGCAGAAGUCCAAGAAGAUGAAGAUACUCAAGUUGAGAUUCCCAUUGAUCAGAGGCCAGCAGAAAUAGUAGAUGAGGAAGAAGAUGGAGAGAAGGAAAACAAGGAUGUAGAACAGAAAGAAGACUUUUCAGGAAUGAAUGGUGAAGAGGAGGGAGGUAGGGAGGCUUCAGAUGCCCCCGAGCAAGCAGAGGAAAUCCCAGAUCACAGGGAGGAGGAGGCAGGUCCCGCUCGUGUAAAUGGAGGUACCGAUGAAGAAAAUGGUGAAGAACUGGAUCAGGUUAACAGUGAGCUUCAAGAGGCAGUGGAUGAGGAAAUAAAGUCUCAAGGAGCUGCUGAUGGCCAAGAUGAGGUUGACUUAGACCCUCAAAGACCACCAAGACCAGAAGUAAAAAUCACUAGCCCACAAGAAAAUGAUAACAACGAACAAAACAAGGACUAUGCUGUUAUAGCAUAGGUGAUUUUUAAAAAAGAAUGUUGAUUAUAAGAAAAAUGAAGGGUUAUAAUACUUGAAUAAUAAGUAUAUAGUUAUUGCUAAACAUAAUGUGACAAUAUGGUUGAAGACUACCUACUGAAUUUUAAAAUUAGAGACGUAACGGAAAGGCUGGAUAACUUUGAAUAGCUACUAAAGGAGAGUGACUUCUUUAAAUGGCAUGUUGUUUUAAAAGUCAUUUAGAAAAAUUAAGUAAAAGGGAUAGAGGGGAGUUUGCACUGGAAGACAAUUGGCCAUUUGUCUUUGUAAAGGAUGAAAAAGAAUAGGAUCCACUCCUAUUGUAUACUCUUAUACAUUUAGAAGCAAGAUUAUUAGAUGGCAGCUUAUUCUAAAGCACUUAUAUAAGAAAGCAUAGAAUUUUAAAGAAAUGAUAAUAGGAAAGCAUGUACUAUUUUUUUAAAGCAAUAAACUCUUGAAUAAACAAAUUGCAAUUUAGUUUCAGAGAUAAUUUGGAAAUGGCAAUACGUUGAAAUGUUUCCAUGACUUGUUGACAUUCCUUUCUUUCUUCCUCCUUAGCCAAAAUCCACCUUAAAUGAAUUAAAAAGACAAUGCAAGAUAUUCAUUUUGGAAGGAGGGAGUAUUCAUUCAGUGUAUUAGUGGUUAAUAUUGUCAUGCCCCUCUCUUAAGUGCUUCAGAUUUUAAUCCUUAUGGCUUUAAUGCCACAAACCCAGGAAGGAAUUAUAGAGGAAUACCCGAUUGUAUUGCUGAGCCUGGCUGGAUGGUUUGCAAAUCUGGUAUCCUGUGAAUUUUCACUGAUCCAAUCUACCUUUACCAAUAAUAUCCCUGUCUUCUCCUUCAUGUUAUUAUAUUAGAAAACUCAAUAUUGGCUAUCCCAAAGAUUGAAUUCCCUCCGAAGAGUUUUUUAUAAAAAAACA